AUGAGCAAUGGUUAUCAUUUCAUGGUAGAUCAUGGAAUGAAUUUAUCAGUGAUGAUAAAAGACUUAUAUUCUGAGCACAUUGUAAUUUCAACAAAUCCAAAGGAAGAAGAAGAUUAUGAUGGCAUGAUCAAGACAAAGCUACCAUGUGUAUUGACAAUAGUUGCAAGUCUGAAAUUUGAGAAAAGUUUAAAUCCCAGGAAUUACAGAUAUUCUCAAAUAUCUGGUUACAUGUAUGUUAUAAUGUCUUGUUAA